UAUACGUAACAUGAGUGAGGCUUUCGGUAAGCUGAGAGGACAUUUUAAUUUUGGAUAGUAAUUUGGAGGGAUGAUACGUACUAUAUGUGUCCAUUUUGUUUCCAAACAAAAAGAUUGCUGAUUGUUGUGGGAAACAGCGUGAAGGAUGUUUAAACAGUUUUUAUUCGAACAACGUAUUAAAAUUUCGAAUGGCUUAGAUUGCAUCAACUGGGGACGUGUGGGAAGAAUUGGUAUAUGAUUUUGCAGUCGUAAACAUUUAAAGCAAAAGCCACUGAAGAAGCUUCACUGAAAAAAUCAAGUCAUGAAGCACGUGCUUGUAAUCUGCAUCAUCGUCGCAUUCUGUUGUUGUUCCCACAUCGAUGGAAUACUUGACCAACCAAUCAUCUCGAAAGAAGCAGAGUUGAUCAAGAAGAUUUUGGCGAUCUGCGAAGUGGAACAACAGUCACGUCCUGUUCAUAAUACGUCCCACCCAACCGAAGUUGAAGUGAGGGCUCAUCUUGUGCGAGUCAUAAAUGUUGAUUCAAAGCAACAGUCAUUCAGCAUGUCUGCAUUCCUUGAAGUGAGUUGGUAUCACACCAACCUGAUAUGGGACCCUAAAGACUUCGGUGGUGUAAAGAAGGUUGUAAUGAGUGGAGAGCAUCUCUGGAUUCCCGACCUAGGAUUACUGAAUAGCAUGGAUGGAGAUUUUGACUUUACCCAUGAUCAAGAUGAUAUAAACUUAAUGAUAUUGAACGAUGGGCUAGUGAAAUGGUAUCCAGGUGGGAUCUAUAACGUCGGAUGCCAUCUUGACUUGACCUACUUUCCAUUCGACACUCAAAGAUGUUCAUUCUAUUUCAUAUCCUGGGUGUAUAACUAUCAAGAAAUGCGUUUGUUUGCUAAAAAACCCAAAAUGGAUGUUGUGCACUUCAUGUCACGAGCCGAAUGGGAAGUGAUUGAUGUACGUGUUUUAAGUGAAACGGUCCAUUUCAAGCCUGGAGUGGAGGAGUCAAAAUGGUCGGUCCUGAAAGUCGAAAUAACGUGCACGCGAGAACCCGGAUAUUACAUCACAAAUGUUAUCGUGCCGGCCAUCAUCAUCUCAUUGUUGGUUUUGACAGUUUUCAUGCUGCCGUGUGACUCUGGUGAGAAGAUUUCCUUGGGUAUUACAGUUCUGGUGGCAUUCACCGUUUUCCAGUUGGUCAUUGCUGAUACCUUGCCGAAGAAUUCUAGUGAGACUCCCUAUAUUGUUAUCUACUUGACAACGCUAAUGGCGACAACGGGUUUCACGACUCUGAUGUCAGUGGUCGUACUUAACAUUCACCACACGGGCAUCGAAAGGAAAUUUUCUCCAAAGGUCCGAUUCCUCAUUUUUAAUGUUCUCGGACGAGUGACCAGGUAUUGUAGAUACGCUCCAACGGACCAGUCGUCGAUGUACUGCGAUGGCGUCAGUGCGCAAGAAAUGCCAGUAAAAAAACCGACUGCUCUAAAUAAUUCCCCGGCUCUGACGGAAGGGAAUCAGAACAAAGAGGUUAUCGGACUUCUUCAGGCUAUUCUUGAGGAGACCAAAGCUUUGAAUGAGAGAAAGGACAGGAAGGACAAAGAUACCGAGGCUGCGGAUGAGUGGAAGGAGGCUGCUAAAAUUGUGGAUAGAUUCCUGAUGCUGGUCUACUUUCUAUCCAUAGUUAUCAUCACUUUCGUAUUCCUUAUUGUUAUGCCAACGCACCCAAAUCAACAAACGUAAUGAUAAAGGCCGUGCACAGUUUCUCAGUUUCAGGUUCUGUGUGUUCAUAUUGUACGAUAUUCACUGACCAUGCUUUACAUGUAGGUAGUAUCUGCAUUGUUUAUUCUGAUUAUUCUGCUUUUGUGAUCCCAAAUCCUCGUCGACCCAACCUGCUUGCCUUGACCUUAAUUUGCCACCUAUCACUCCCUUGCAGUGGGAGCCUUUAUCCACAUUAGUAAAUGAUAUAUUAACAUAUACAUCAUCUAA